AAGGGAGGGGAGAGAGGCAGCCUAGCGAGAGGGAGCGGGUAGUGGUAGGAGCCGUCGGACUCCGUCGUCGUCGUCUCUGCCGCCGCCGCUAAGGUGGGCAGGGUGGCGGGAAGAAAGCGUCCGAGGUUCUUCUUCCCAUCAUGGCGGGGGCCGGAGCCGGGACGAGUCCCCGAGAGAAGCGCUCCACGGCGGCGCGCCUGAAAGCGGCUCUCAGUAGCAGCAGCAACGGAGGUGGCGGCGGCGGCGGCUCGGGCGCCGAGGAGAGCGAGGGCACCGCGGAGCUGCAGGCGCUGCUGGAGCGGGUGCUGUGCCCGGCGCCCGGUGGUGUCGGCGGCGGCGGCGAGGCGGUGUCGGAGGCGUUGGCUUGGUGCCGCUGCCUGCUGGCGGGCGGCGAGCCGUGGGACGGCUUCGUGCAGGCGGUGAGGGCCUACGACCCGGCCACCCUCUGCGGCCUGGUGUGGACGGCCAACUUCGUGGCCUACCGCUGCAGGACUUGCGGCAUCUCGCCCUGCAUGAGCCUCUGCGCCGAAUGUUUCCACCAAGGCGAGCACGCCGGGCACGACUACAACAUGUUCCGCAGCCAGGCGGGGGGCGCUUGCGACUGCGGCGACGGCAACGUCAUGCGGGAAGCCGGGUUUUGCAAAAGGCAUAGAAUAAAAUCAAGCUCAGAAGUUCCAUCUGUUCCGAAAGAUCUGCUGAUAAUGUCUGAACUAGUUCUUCCACAGUUCAUUUUCUGUCUUAUUCAGUACUUAAGGGAAGGCUACAGUGAACCAGUUCUUGAUCUACCAACAGAAAAAGACAUUCAGAAAGUAAUGAAAGUCCUUCAGACACUGGAACCACACAUUUCAUUUCUGGAAGAUCUGACAAAGAUGGGAGGAGCAAUGCGUUCAGUCCUUACUCAGGUUUUGACAAAUCAGCAGUUCUAUAAAGAUCUCAGCUCUGGUGGUGGAGAAAAUGCUUGUGCAAAGAAAAGCCAUGAAAGGUACCUUGUAGCAUUGAAGGGUUCUGGACUGACAUUUCCUGAAGAUAAACUUGCCAGUGGAGUGCAGGAACAAGGAGCUGGGGCCAGCACUUCAGCAGUUCAAGGUUGUACAGGUGCUACACCCGCUUCAGGGCAAGGUGAUUCUUCAGAUGAGGAGGACCAAGAUGGUAGCCAAGGUGUGGGAAAGCGCAAGAGGGUGAAACUAAGCACCACCACUAAAGAUCAAUCCAUCAUGGAUGUUUUGAAGCAUAAAUGUUUUCUAGAAGAAUUAUUAUUUUGGACAAUAAAAUAUGAAUUUCCCCAGAAGAUGGUGACAUUCUUACUCAACAUGCUUCCAGAUCAAGAUUAUAAGAUUGCUUUUACGAAAACCUUUGUGCAGCAUUAUGCUUUUAUUAUGAAAACACUGAAGAAAAGCCAUGAGUCAGACACAAUGUCCAACAGAAUUGUACACAUCAGCGUCCAGCUGUUCAGCAACGAGGAGCUGGCACGGCAAGUAACAGAAGAAUGUCAGCUUCUUGAUAUUAUGGUUACCGUCCUGCUGUAUAUGAUGGAGAGCUGCCUUAUUAAAAGCGAGCUGCAAGAUGAAGAAAACAGUUUACACGUAGUAGUGAACUGUGGAGAAGCUCUGCUGAAGAACAAUACCUACUGGCCGCUUGUUAGUGACUUUAUUAAUAUCCUUUCACACCAAAGCGUGGCAAAGAAAUUCUUGGAGGAUCAUAGGCUAUUAGUAAUGUGGAUGAACUUCGUAUCAUUUUUUCAAGGUAUGAACUUAAACAAGAGAGAACUUAAUGAACAUGUUGAGUUUGAAUCCCAAACUUAUUAUGCUGCUUUUGCUGCUGAGCUUGAGGCCUGUGCCCAGCCAAUGUGGGGGCUACUAUCCCACUGCAAAGUCAGGGAGACACAAGAGUACACACGAAAUGUUGUUAGGUACUGCCUAGAAGCACUUCAAGACUGGUUUGAUGCCAUCAACUUUGUGGAUGAGCCUACUCCGAAUCAGGUCACUUUUCAUCUGCCACUGCAUCGGUACUAUGCUAUGUUUCUGAGUAAGGCUGUUAAAUGUCAAGAAGUAGAUCUGGAUUCCCUUCUCCCAGACCAGGAGAUGCUGAUGAAGUUAAUGGUUCACCCACUUCAAAUUCAGGCCAGCCUCUCUGAAAUCCAUAGUAACAUGUGGGUAAGAAAUGGCCUGCAGAUUAAAGGACAAGCCAUGACUUACGUGCAGUCUCACUUUUGUAACUCUAUGAUUGAUCCCGACAUUUACCUAUUACAGGUCUGUGCUUCUAGACUUGACCCAGAUUAUUUUAUUUCCUCAGUCUUUGAAAGGUUCAAGGUGGUCGAUCUCCUAACAAUGGCUUCCCAACAUCAGAAUACGGUGCUAGAUGCAGAGCACGAGAGAUCAAUGUUAGAAGGGGCCCUGACAUUUCUUGUAAUUCUCUUAAGUCUCCGUUUACACUUAGGCAUGACUGACGAUGAGAUCCUGAGAGCUGAGAUGGUUGCUCAACUGUGUAUGAACGAUAGGACACAUAGUUCACUAUUGGACCUCAUUCCAGAAAAUCCUAAUCCUAAAAGUGGUAUUGUUCCUGGAAGUUUAAGCUUUGAAUCAAUGUUGUCAGGUGUGGCUGACUUCAAAGCUCCUGUAUUUGAACCUGGGGGCUCCAUGCAACAAGGAAUGUAUACACCUAAAGCUGAAGUUUGGGAUAACGAAUUUGACCCUGUCAUGGUAAUUCUUCGCACCGUUUAUCGUAGAGAUGUGCAGUCUGCCAUGGACCGAUACACAGCAUUUUUAAAGCAAAGUGGAAAAUUUCAUGGGAACCCCUGGCCUCCAUACAAGAAAAGAACUCAUUUGCACCCAAGCUAUAAAGGACUCCUGAGGCUCUUGCACUGCAAAACUUUACACAUUGUGUUGUUCACUCUACUUUACAAGAUAUUAAUGGAUCAUCAAAACCUAUCAGAACAUGUCCUUUGCAUGGUUUUAUAUUUGAUUGAACUGGGACUAGAGAACCCAUCUGAGCAAGAGUCUGAUGAAAACGAUUCUGUGGGAGGACAAGAACGCUGCCAUGAUAGCUGGUUCCCAGGGAAUAACUUGGUGUCAAACAUGCGCCAUUUUAUUAACUAUGUCCGUGUAAGGGUACCAGAGACGGCUCCAGAGGUGAAAAGAGAACCACCUGCAAGUACAAGUGCUGAUGGUUUUGCUGCUUCACAGAAUCCAAGGCGGUCUAAAGGACUUCAGAGAGAGAAUUCAGGGACAGCGCAAGUGUUCAGCUUGGUGGCAGAGCGUAGAAAGAAAUUUCAGGAAAUCAUCAAUCGCAACACCAGCGAAGCCAGUCAGGCAGUCCGGCCCAAGACUUCCAUGAAAUGGUCUGCCCCAGGAACAACACCUCAGCUAACAAAUGCUAUCCUGGAGGUCAAAGAAAGCAUCUUGUCUUUGCUGGUUAAGCUUCACCAUAAACUGUCAGGAAAGCAAAACUCUUACUAUCCUCCCUGGCUGGAUGACUUGGAACCGUUAAUCCCGCAAGAAAACCCUAAAUAUUUUCACGGGGAUGGAAUGACAGCUGUAGAAAGGAUAUUAUUGAAAGCUGCGCUUCAAAGCAGAUUAAACAAACAUAUCAUUGAGGAAAUAUGUAGUAAAGUGACUCCGCCUGUACCCCCAAAAAAGAUUAGUCCCACAGAGAAGAAGACCUUGGACAAAGAAGAAAGGCGACAGAAGGCUAGGGAGAGGCAGCAGAAGUUGUUAGCUGAAUUUGCAUCAAGACAGAAAAGCUUUAUGGAAACUGCUAUGGAUGUUGAAUCGCCAGAUGCAGAUAUUGCUAUGGAGAUAACAACAGCGGAACAGCAUGUUUCAGAAGCCAUGUACGAUUGUGUGAUUUGUGGCCAGAGCGGCCCUUCCACUGAAGAUCGACCAGCAGGAUUGGUUGUGCUCUUACAGGCCUCUUCAGUUUUGGGGCAAUGCAGUAAUAGUGCUGAGCCUAAGAAGCUACCAACUUCAGAAAAGGAGCAGAUUUACGCUCGGGAUACGUGCGCAGCCGUCUAUGAAGAACGACUUGCAACUUUACAAAAGUACUUUAAAGAUAGUUCCUGUCUGCAGUCAGUAUCAAUUGGCUGGGAAGGAGGUGUGUAUGUACAAACCUGUGGACAUACAUUGCACAUAGAUUGUCAUAAAUCCUAUAUGGAAUCAUUACGGAAUGAUCAGGUCCUCCAGGGAUUUUCGGUGGACAAAGGAGAAUUUACUUGUCCUUUAUGCAGGCAGUUUGCUAACAGCGUCCUCCCAUGUUAUCCUGGCAACAAUGUGGAGCGAAACCUUUGGCAGUGUCACAGUAACAAGAAUAUGCAAGAUCUCAUAAAGGAGGUGGAAGAGCUUCAAGAGCAGCUGGGAACUUUCCCAGUAAGCAUCAGUUCAGAAACCAACUUAAGCAAGGAAAUGGAGUCUGUGAUGAAGGAUAUCAAAAGCACUACCCAGAAAAAAUACACUGACUACAGCAAGACUCCUGGAUCACCAGACAAUGAUUUUCUUUUCAUGUAUUCUGUAGCCAGGACAAAUUUGGAACUCGAACUGGUACAUCGAGGAGGCAGUCUCUGUCAAGGAGGUGCAAGUACAGCUGGAAAGAGAUCAUGUUUACAUCAGCUGUUUCAUGUUUUGGCUAUGCACAUGCGACUCUACAGUAUCGAUUCUGCUUACAACCCAUGGAAGAAGCUAACUCAGCUGAUGGAAGACAAGAAUCUGCAGAUGUGCGGUGAAGAUCAGCCAGAGGUUCCAGUGCUUUACAGAGAUGUACUUUCCCUUUUGCUCAUCCAGAUUUUGACCAUGCCACAGCCAUUGCACAAAGAACACUUUACCUGUAUCAUAAAGGUGCUUUUCACAUUAUUGUAUAUACAAGCCCUCAUCGCACUUUCUGUUAAAGGCAGCACUGAUGACAGGACAACUUGGAUGAACUCAGGAGCUUUGAAAAAGAAUGUGUCCAAUGCAAAAACAUCUCCUGAAGCGUUACUGAGUCAUGUGAUUAGUGAACUCUCCAAAGGGAAGGUGUACGAUCAAGAGGAAACCGAAGAUCUAUCCAUGGAUAGCAAUAGUGCUUGGUGUCCACACUCCAUAGAGACUUAUUUGCAGCAAUUCUGCCUGCCUUUCCUCAGGAUAACUAGCCUUCUUCAGCACCAUCUUUUUGGAGGAGAGUUACCCAGCUGUCAGGACGAUGAGGAGUUUACAGUUCUUGCCAACUGUCUGGGCCUAUUACCAUCGUCUUUUCAAUCCUCGCAUCAGUUUUCCAGUGCCUCAUGUCUGGAUUGGCCUGUGCCAGCCUUUGACAUAACAUCCCAGUGGUGCUCAGAGCUGGUUUCAUUUGCAGUUAAACAUCCAAAACAAGUAAAGAUUUUAUCUUUGCAGGAAUCCAAAUGGGAUUUACCACGCCUCCUACAGUUGCCUGAAAAUUACAAUACUAUUUUCCAGUACUAUCACAGAAAGAGUUGUUCCGUCUGUACCAAGGUCCCCAAAGAUCCAGCUGUCUGUCUAGUUUGUGGCACUUUUGUGUGCUUGAAAGGACUGUGCUGCAAACAACAGAGCUACUGUGAAUGUGUGUUGCACUCACAAAAUUGUGGCGCUGGGACAGGCAUAUUCCUUUUGAUCAAUGCCUCUGUAAUCAUCAUCAUUCGUGGUCAUCGAUUUUGCCUUUGGGGUUCUGUUUACUUGGAUGCACAUGGUGAAGAAGACCGAGACCUCAGGCGUGGGAAGCCUCUCUAUAUGUGUAAGGAAAGAUACAACGUGCUGGAGCACCAGUGGAUUUCGCAUACCUUUGACCACAUCAACAAAAGAUGGGGGCCACAUUACAACGGUCUGUAGAUCGCUACCCAUCACCCACACUCUCGCAUCGCCUUUACGAUGAAUGCCACUUUGACUGGCUUAAGCUUUAAGAGGAUGGGAAUUUGGUGGCUUCGCUGGGGAAAAGGAGUGAAGCCAUGCCUUCCUGCGAAAGCCCUGGGUUAGAUAGGUGCUGGUAAGAAGAGAUUUAGUAAUGGCAAAAAGAAUGCAAAAUGAAUCAGUGCUGGUUAACUUGAGAGCAAAGCUUACAUUCAUUUGUCCAGCUGUUGCUUUUUAAUCCAUUAUUAGACAAGCACAAAUCAUACUUUUUAAAAAAGCAGUGCCAGUACAUGGCUAUUGAGCAUUUAUUUUUCGCUGAUAGAGUUUGUUUAUGCUGAAAACACUGUAUGGAUGUAGUUACCUUGCUUAAACAUAUUGCUUUCCCCCGCCCUUUUGCCUUUCUUUG